UAUUAUCAUACUUAUUUUAUAUUUUUAUUUCUGAUUUGUGAAGCCGAAGCUGUGUGACACUCAUCUGACGACGUUUUCGCUAAUUUUCUGAACUUGUCUUCUUGUGUUUCAACUGCUUGGUAGACAAGAAACAAGUGGAUGGUGAUUUCAGACAUGGUCCUAUAUAAAACUGCAAUGAAUAUCUGAAUGAUGAUUAAUCAUUACUUCAUUUGUUCUGAUUUUUAUCAAAGAAAUAACGGUAAAAUAUUUUAUAUUAAAUUAUAUAUCGUCACAUCUCUUAGAUUUUGAUGAAAAUAAUAUUAAUUAAAAUAAUAUUAAUAUGCUUUCUUUCUACCACAUACUGGCCUACUGAUUCCACUGUUUAUUGUAGAGGACAGUAAAGAGUAAAUUGUUUAAUAAUUAUAAUUCAAAAACAAAAAUAAUUAAGUCAUGUCCACAUGUGACAGUGACAUGUCAUAUCUCUUACUCUUACUGUUAGUGUAAGAGUAAGGGUAAGAAGAGUAGUCACUGUCAGUAGUCUCAGUAGAUAAGUUUUGGUUCUUAAUUAAAAAUGUUUAGUAACAUAUCAUUUAAAUUUCAAAAUUAUUAUUGCGUAGUCUAAAAAUAAUGCUUCAAUAUUCAUUUUUUAAAUAAAAAUUAAAAUCUGGACAAAUUAUAGUGGAGUGUGUAUGGGGGGGGGGGGCAUUAAGUGGACCAUAAUUCUUAAUCCAUAUGAAUAUAUUGAUUAAAAAGGAGAAAUGGAUUUACAAAAACACCAAAAAAAAAAAAAAGUAAUGUAAGUGUAGGCUAAAUAUAAUCUAAAUGUCUAAAUUAGAUAUUAAAACACAAAUAUAUUCCGUUCUUUUUGUAUCUUUUCAACAAAUAGGCAGGGGUGUUACUUACAUCUUAAACAGCAGACGUAAUAAAAUUCUGUUUCUAUAAUAAUAAUAAUUAUAUUAAUUGAUGAAUUAUUAUAAAAUAAAUAAAGAAGUAUAAUUAUUUUAUCAAUAUUUUAAAGACAAUGUUAUAUUAACUGUUAAUAAAGAUUACAAUUUGCACCAGCUCAGGGAAGGACAUUAAUUUCACAAUAUGGGGAUGAUGUGUUAUGAUGAUGUAUAAAUUUUGUGAUGAUAGGGGAGGGUGAGGGGUAAAACAAUUGGCCAAAAUACUCCAACGUCAGAUAUGAAAAGCCCCUAACAUGUUGAUUACUAUUUUAAUAUCAAUGUUUGUUUAAAGACCACAAGUAUAAUAAUGUGUUUUUUUCUGUAAAACUUUCAUCUGCUCUCAGCUUUGUACAUUCAGUUUGUCAGUGCUUUUUAAAAACAUCUUUUAGGUAGUCAAUCUCUCCUUAAUUUUGUUAUUAACUGCUUAUUUAUGUUUCUUCAGCUUUUAGAAGAGCAAAAUGCAUGAACUGUUUGCCAAGGUCUUGGCCAAAAAAGAUCUUUCCAAAGCAGGGGAACUCUUCUCACUUGAGGAUGAUGUGAUAGAAAGAGACCUUGAAGAAAUAAUACGCCACAUCAAGCAGAUUGCAGACUCGGAUGAAUAUGAGAACAGUGACAAUGACCAAAGUGUUGUGGAAAUCUGUAUCACCAGGAUAACGGCUGCAAUAAGGUUUGAAAAAAUAGACAUCUUUAGUUUGCUAUCUUUUCUGAAAUUUAGUAUAUGAUCACUAACAACGAUAGAUUGGUUGAGUUCUUUUUAGAGACAGUAGUCUGCCUCACAUUCUUCUUCUUCUUUCAACUCCCAUUGGAGUGUAGGCCAUUAACAAUUUCUUUCCAAUUCUUCUGCUUCCACCCUAAAUGCAUGAUGGUCAGAGAUGCUGUUAACUUUUGACUAAUUAUUUAUUGCUGCUAAUCCACAUGUUAAUUGCCUACUUAGUGUCAGGUGUUAUAAAUGUGAGAAAUAAUUGUCUGGAUACAAGUUAAUGUAUCCAAAAUAAAUUUUACAUGUUGAAAAACGCUAAAAAUACAUUAUAAUUUUCAACUAUACCUAACUGUUAUGACAUCUCAUGAUUAGACCCUAUGAGCCCAUGGAUUUGUCAAACCCCUGUGUAUACUAGAUUGGUUACUUGGUCAAGUUCUUUCACAUGUUGUAAUGCGUCGUUUUAGCACUGAAUCAACUUAAGUCCUUUAUCAUAAUAAAUACAACUUUAAUAUAUGAUGUAAAUUCACAGACUGUUAAUUCCAUAUACACAUGUAUAGCGCAACUCGCUAUCAGAGAGAAAUAAAACACAACCUCCUUUCACAAAGUUCAAUACAUCAUAAAAAGCAUAAAAAUAUGUCACCAAGUCAAGCGUGGGAAGAGUGUUCAUUAACUAAUUAAUCUCUCAAAAACGUAAUGCACGUAAUCAAACAUAAUAUCCAGUAACAAUUAUUAAUGAACUCCCAUACUUGACAGCUUUUAUUCCCUUUUUUCAUAAAGGAUAUCUACUAAGCUGUUCCUUUAUUAAUCCUAAGAACCUGCAAAUCUUAAUAUAUUUUUUCAUUAUAUCGAUAUAAAAAACAACCUUAUUCAUAAUUAUCUGGUUCAUCAAGUGUCCAAUCUGCAUAAAUUGUUAAUUCCAAAUUAAUAUCUGUUAUCCCAGGGAGACGGGAAGAGUUGAAAAACAUGCUGAAUCGCUAGUGAGCCUUCUUACCAUGUGUCUUCAUCAUAACCUCAUGCAAAAGUCAAAAGACGUGGACCCACCACAUGCCAAAAUAGCCUCUGAUGUGAUGAGUCGAUUAUUUACAGUAAGCAUAUUUUGAGGCAUCAUGUUAUCAAUGAAUGAGUUUAUAAUUGUGGAAUGCUGCAAUAUUGAAAGAUUUGUUUAGAAAAUAUUUUCACCGUAACUCUUAACUUUUACUGAAGCAUGUCAAUUCUUAAAUUCAUUUUAAAAAUUAAUUUAAAGUAGCUAUAUUAAAAAUUGAGUGUUCAUUUGUGAAAUAUCUAAAUAUAUAUGUAUCAACUUGUGGUUAACUUGAACACAUUUCUCCAUUAAUGUUACAUAAAUUCUUACUCUGGUAUUAUUUAAAUCAAACCUCAUUAUUUGACAAUUAUUUAUUUGAAUGAAUUAUUUAUUUGAAUGUUGUGAUUGUAAUAAUUAAUAUUCUCAUCACACCUUAUGUUGAAUACAUUCAGUUAAAAUUAACAAUUUUUUGUCUUCACCAGUACUACACUAACAGUAAAGUGAUGACCCUGGCCAUCCCAGCUGCCGUUAAGUUCCUGGAAUGUGAUAACAAAGACUUGGUUCGAAACGUUGCCAGUUACCUGUCCCUAGCAACCAUCGACAAUGCCAGUUUGCUGGCACAGCACAUGCUGCUUGUCAUUUGCAGUGUUCUCAAAGGUUGGUUACAAAAAUAAGAAGACUUUAAUUUUAAAAAAGUAUACUCAUGCUUAACGGCCAGUCUAUUAUUUUUUUAAAGAAGUAAUACCAGAGCAGGGGUUAGGGAAAGCAGGACUUAAUAUCUAAUCUAUUUUGACCUUUCAUUAAAUUUGAUACAAAUAGUGAACAUUUGACCCAUUUUUCUCUGUCCAACCAUUUGAGGAACACUGAGUGACGAGGGCGUCUAUGCCCCCUGAUCCAUUCCGAGUGGGGGAGCCAAUCCCCUAAAUCCAAGACCUUGUACUUGGCCUAUUCUGUGGGUCAUGGUAUUGCCUAAUGGGUAUUUGAAUAAGGAGAUCAUUAUGAAUAUUGGUAAUCAUAAAAUGGUUUGCAGAUGCUUGGAUUUGGCAUAAGAUAUAAACAAAAUAAAAUAUGACUUUUUUUUCUUUGUUUAAGUUACAAUAUUUACUUGCUUUUAAAUCUGUCAAUAUUCCUCAAAACUCUGUAUGACCUUAACAAAAAUCUGUAUGAUCCUAUCAAAACUCUGUAUGAUCCUAUCAAAACUCUGUAUGACCUUAUCAAAACUCUGUAUGACCUUAUCAAAACUCUGUAUGAUCCUAUCAAAACUCUGUAUGACCUUAUCAAAACUCUGUAUGACCUUAACAAAAAUCUGUAUGAUCCUAUCAAAACUCUGUAUGAUCCUAUCAAAACUCUGUAUGACCUUAACAAAACUCUGUAUGACCUUAACAACAAUCUGUAUGAUCCUAUCAAAACUCUGUAUGACCUUAUCAAAACUCUGUAUGACCUUAACAAAAAUCUGUAUGAUCCUAUCAAAACUCUGUAUGAUCCUAUCAAAACUCUGUAUGACCUUAUCAAAACUCUGUAUGACCUUAUCAAAACUCUGUAUGAUCCUAUCAAAACUCUGUAUGACCUUAUCAAAACUCUGUAUGACCUUAACAAAAAUCUGUAUGAUCCUAUCAAAACUCUGUAUGAUCCUAUCAAAACUCUGUAUGACCUUAACAAAACUCUGUAUGACCUUAACAAAAAUCUGUAUGAUCCUAUCAAAACUCUGUAUGACCUUAUCAAAACUCUGUAUGACCUUAUCAAAACUCUGUAUGACCCUAUCAAAACUCUGUAUGACCUUAUCAAAACUCUGUAUGACCUUAUCAAAACUCUGUAUGACCUUAUCAAAACUCUGUAUGACCUUAUCAAAACUCUGUAUGACCCUAUCAAAACUCUGUAUGAUCCUUUUUGUAGUGCUCCUAAAAACUGGUACAGUUCCUAUUCUUGUACUAUUAACAUGCUUCUCUUGGUAUCUCUUUGACUCUUUCUCCCCAUGAUUUAUUUAAAUGGUGAUAUGGGGGUCUCUGUUAUGAAAUAUUUGUAUCAAAGUGAUGUAUCAACCAUUUGAAGAAAUUCAGCGCCACUGCUUUAUGCUAUCAUGAGCACCAUCAAUUUUUUAUGACUAAUAAUUUCUAUAGCAUGCUGUAUUGUGGUUCAGGUAACUACUUACUCGGUCAGGUGUUGCCACAAAUCUAUGAGCACAACCCCCAGCCCGUCCUCCAGAAGGUAGAUGAGCUGGCUACCCUGAUGAGCAAGUGUGACUCUACAGAGAAAGUCUGCCUGAUUCAACUCUUUAACAAAGUGGCCAAAUCUCAGCCACAGGUAAAUGCUGCACAACUGGAACUCUCUAAACAUAGAAGUCCACAGCCUCAAAUUUUCUAGCAGACAGUCAAGUGGUAAAAGAGUUUUAAGGGGACAUUUAAGUAUUGAAAGAUUUUUAUGAAAUCAUUUGAAAAAAGCAUUUAAAUUGAUUAAACAUUUUAGAUUUUGUUAAUUUCCGACAACUUAAAACUUAUGCUUUUUAACUUCUUUGUAAUGAAUUCAUUUUUAAUGGGUAACAUUAUAACAUUCACUUUAUUUUAUUUGUCUCAAACUGAAAAACUAGUUUUAAAUAUCAUUGGCAGUAUUUGUAAUUCUUCAAAUUUUUUUAGCCCAACUGAACUUUAGAGACUUUACAUAAUUGCUGUUCGGAUGGAUAAAUUAGUUAAUUUCUUUUUUAUAGAAAUCUGCAUAUUAUUUAUGAAAAUCUAAUUUGUGCAAAAAAAUUAUUUUUUUAAUGCUAAAAGAUAUUAAACCGAACUAAGUAGCAGCAAUAAAUAGCAUUAUUAAUAUCUUUAUCAACAGUAUUCCUAAAAAUCAUUUGAGUUGUGAGUUAGCAAUAGUAUAUAUAUAUUUAUUAAUUUUCUAUAACUGUAAUGUUUUGGCGCAUGACAAUGGCCUUAAUAUGAGAAACAUACCAAUCUCAGUGUAGUCAAAGUUUAUGUCCCGUGUUCUAAGCAAAGCUUAAUUUCUGUUCAUUGCCUCCUGCAGCUGUUGGAGAAGCAUAUCCCUAUGCUGUGCAACUACCUCUCAUCUUCCUUCCUGUCAUCUAUAGUCAUGAUGACGUUGGUGGACAUGGCCAUGGCCCAGCCAGGGACAGUUGUGAGCCAUUUGUCUGUCAUACAGGCCAUGGUGGAGAAUCAGCCCGUGCUGAUGUUUCAGAUGGCUCAGAUCACCGGGGCGGUGGGAACACUAAGUGAGGUGAGUCACGGUGACAUUUGGGGAACACUGAGUGAUGGGGACAUUUGAGGAACACUGAGUGAGGUGAGUCAUGGGGACAUUUGAAGAACACUGAAUGAAGUGAGUCAUGGGGACAUUUGAGAAACACUAAGUGAGGUGAGUCAUGGGGACAUUUGAGGAACACUGAAUGAAGUGAGUCAUGGGGACAUUUUAGGAACACUGAAUGAGGUGAGUCAUGGGGACAUUUAAGGAACACUGAAUGAGGUGAGUCAUGGGGACAUUGAAGGAACACUGAGUGAGGUGAGUCAUGGGGACAUUUAAGGAACACUGAAUGAGGUGAGUCAUGGGGACAUUUAAGGAACACUGAGUGAGGUGACGUUUGAGGAACACUGAGUGAGGUGAGUCAUGGGGAUAUUUUAGGAACACUGAGUGAGGUGAGUCAUGAGGACAUUUUAGGAAAACUGAGUGAGGUGAGUCAUGGGGACAUUUGAGGAACACUGAGUGAUGGGGACAUUUGAGGAACACUGAGUGAGGUGAGUCAUGGGGACAUUUGAAGAACACUGAGUGAGGUGAGUCAUGGGGACAUUUGAGGAACGCUGAGUGAGGUGAGUCAUGAGGACAUUUGAGGAACACUGAGUGAGGUGAGUAAUGGGGACUUUGAGGAACACUGAGUGAGGUGAAUCAUGGGGACAUUUGAGGAACACUGAGUGACGAGAGCGUCUAUGCCCCCUGAUCCCUUCCGAGUGGGGGAAACAAUCCCUUUACCCCCAAGACCUUGUACUUGGCCUAUUCUGUGGGUCAUGGUAUUGCCUAAUUGGUAUUUAAAUAAGGAGAUCAUUAUGAAUAUUGUAAUCAUAAAAUUUACAGUUACAAACUUGUUCGAAAAUUGUUGACAAUUCAAUAAUGAUAUUGAUAACAAGCGAUUACAAUUUCUCUAAUAGCUCAGUAUUUCCUUACAUUUUUCAUCAAAUAAAAUUAUCAAAUCCAGUGAUUGAUCAAAUAUGAAUUUUAGCAGGCCUAGAAUUUCUUUUUCAGUUUGAAUUCUUAAGAUUCAUGUUUUGGGUUGAUGGCUGUGCUGUCCAAAAAAUGGGUCCUUCAAUACUAGAGGAAUGAGUUAAUUUCCAUCCAAACCCAGACAAUUAAAAUUGGAAUUUUUUUCACCUGAUAAAACUGGUGGCGCCACUCCACACCCCUACCCCAAAAUCCUAUAAAUAUAGUACUUGUAUUUUUUCCUUUGCCAUAAAAAAUUUGUUACCUGGAUAAAUUUGAAAGCAGGCAGGGUGGAAGGAUUGUUAUUUCCCCUACGCAGAUAGGAAGCAGCUGCUUCCUUUCCCCCACUGUGUAGACCCCCCACUGUGUAGACCCCCACCGUGUAGACCCCCACUGUGUAAAUGCCACUUCUGAGUGAGAUGAGUCAUGGGAUAUCUUGGAAUUAUCAUCCACAUAAUUUCAUUCUUAAAAAAAUUAAAUAAAAAAAUUAAAUAUUUAUUAUAAUCUUUAACUAGUGGUAAGGGACCAUCUAUAAUGACAUCACACACCUGGGAGAUGUAUAAUGAGGGUGUCUAAAUUUUUAGACAAAUUGGUGAUGUUGGGGGUAAAAAAAUCUGCCAAAAUAGCAUCAUUGAUUGAUAGCCACUAAAAGCAGUUUGAUAUUUUUUCAGAUUUCAAUAAGCACGUUUUUAAAAAUUAAAAGUGACUUUUACAAAUACACAGACAACUGAAAACAAAGUUCAAGAUCAAUUCAGAUCAUCUUUACUUUUAAAAUGUUGGUACAUUCAUCUAAUGAUUCCCACCCAUUAUUCAAUAUCCAGCUAUAAUUUGUCAUUAAGAUAUUUAAUUUACACCAUUUCUUUCUUCCUAGGAACAAGCUAAGAAAUCCAUGGACUAUUUGAUCUCCAAACUUGGGGGAAUGGACAAGUCCAUCCUGCCAUCUGUCCUCCAAGAAAUUCGUGGACUCGGGCUCGGCAACCACUGUCUGCUGUCUGACAACAUGGAUAAGAUCUCUAAGCUGUCCACAUCCAGCUCCAGUGCGGUUCGUCUCAUGGUGCAGCAAAUCAGAGAGGAUGUCCGGAAAUAGUGAGUGAAGAUUUUUUAGAGGUCUUACAGCAGCUAUUAAAUGGACACAUCAUCUUUAAACCCAUAUUCUUUUAGUUAUACAGGGAUUAGCAGAAUUUGAUGUAGCUGUGUGCUGUAAGUCUAAGAGCUAUGUAACAACACAUAACACCUGUACACAGGUUGCUUCAUUUUUUGUGGUCUUACAUCAAGCAUUGCUAAAAAUUAAUGUCAGCUUUAAGAGUGUGCUUUUCAUCACUGUUCAAGUUUUUUUCUUCUUCACGCAAGAAAAAAAGUAUUUUUUUAGAAUAACACAGUUUUGGUUUACACAAGCAAAGUGACCUUUCCCCAAGGGUUUUACAUGGAUUCAAUUUUCAGCCAUGCAGCAGCUGCAAAUAGAAACCUGGACACCUCUAGUGAUUCAACAACCCUGCACUCCAGCAAGAACUUGUCUAUGCACACUGAUGUGGUCAAAGAGAGACCCAAGGAGAUUCGGUCAGUGUCCAGUCAGACGGAAGGGACAGUCACCAUUAUUACAGUAGGAAAUCCACCCAAUGCCAGCCACCCCAGUGGGACGGUGUCGGUCAAGAGCACUGCUUUGCCACCAAGUAGUGCGUCCAGUCAACAGAGCCUGGCCAAGAUAUCCAGGUUGGGUGUCUCUAAGUAUCAAAAUGAUUUAGUCGACAAUAUUCAUGUAGCAUAAUAAGUGAACAAAUUGAAUAUAUGAAAAAGCAGAUCAAAUAAACUUACCCCGUGAAAAACAACAUAGCUAGCAGACGUAUAGUGCCUUUUUUUACAAUAAAUGGACAUGUCUCAGAGGCCUCAGAAUGGGAUGCAUAAUUUAUUCUUAACAGGCUAUCAUCCGGUGACCACUCUUACAGUCCGGCCUACACACAAACAGCAGAUAUCAAUUCUUUCUCCAGCAUUGGCACAUCCACAGAGAGAGUUGCUCCGGUAAGUUUGAUAUGUGUAGGCCACACUGAUGUUGUGGAGGAUUUUUAGGGACAGCAACUCGGAUCACUCCUGCUUCAAGGUUACUACCAUUUCAAUUUAAUUUGCUGCCAAGCACAAGAAGAGUAAGCUGCAGGGAACAAGUUCAAUGGGAAAGUCAUGUGGCCUUCACCUCUCUCCACUCAUUUCUUAAUUAACUCACAGCUAAGAAUAUUUGAAGACUUUUGUCAAAUUGGACAACUAUAAAUAAACAGAUAUUGUAAAAAUGUUACUGUAACAGAAAUGAAAUUUAAAUUUAACCCUCUUGAGGCACCUGGGGCGAUCUAUUGGCCCAGAGUUGAAAGGCAAAAAAGAUAAAUGGCCAAUCCAUUGGCCCCAAAAAUACAAACCUUGAGUUUGACAGGCUAGUCUUUGUUCCAGCUAAUCAGAUUGCAUUUGUUGGUCAUCUGGCCAUUUUAAUGGCGGCUUCCAUUGAUAGUUAACUGUUUUGUCAUUUUCUAGCAAUUUGUUGUUACACUUUGUGAUCUCUAUAAAUGCUUAAAAAAUAUGUGACCUUGAAAUACGCCAAAAGGCAUAAGCAUUCCCCCCUCCCAGUGAAAUACUUUAUGCAGUUAAUCACAUUGGAUCUCAUUGAAAUGUUUGUUGGGACUUAAUCAGGCUUUAACAAUCAGAAACUGCAACAAAAUUCUACAAGUAAGACAUGUUUAUUCUAAGUGUUAAAAAAAAAUUAGCUUUCUUUAAUUAUGAAAAUCAGGAUAUCUCAUUUGCAUGAAUGUUGACAUUUCAGUUUGAUUUGUAAAGAUCACAUUGGCUCAUUCAAUUCUCUACAAGAAUAUAUCAAUACUUUUAUAUUUGUGAAGUAAUUAGUUAAUUUUUUAAUAAUUUUCUUGUCCAAAGUAAGUGCAGGGCUUGUGAUAAGGACUCUUGUCUUCUUGGCACCAAAAGUCUAAAAAAUCUCUGUCUUCUUGGCACUGAAAGUUCAAAGAGCCCCCGUUUCAAGAGAGUUAAAUAAAGUUAUCUCCUCAGUCUAAAAUCAACAUCUUAAAAAAAAAUUUUCUUGCACACAUAUUUAAUAUUCACUUUUGAAAUAAAAUAUGAAAUCUAAAAAAAAUAUAAUAAAAUAUACCAAAAUUGCCGGCAUUGAAUGAAUGAGCAUUUUUUUUCCCCAUUUCACCAGCGCGAGACCUUGCGAGAUGGAGUUCAGCUGUUUUGUGAGAAGCACUUCACCAAAAUCAAACAAUUUAUAAAUAAACUAAAUGCUACCAUUCCACUGCCUGUCAGAUGCAGUGUUGUCAGUAAGUUUUUUCUCUUUCAAUUUGACAUAUAGUGGAAAUUCAGUAAGCUUGCCGGCAGAGCUGGUAAAAUAUUGAACCAGCCUUUGGUGUAUCCAAUUCUUAAAUCCUGAAUGAAUAGAAAAAUUCCUCAUGAUGAAAUUUAGCAUAGAAAAUUAUGCUUAAUGACUUUAUACCAUCCCUCCUCUCUCAUUUGGAAGAAAUGCUUUAUCAUUUAUGAGAGAUUUUGGAAAAAGACCCGGGGGAAGAGAUCCGAAAAAGCCCUCCUUUGAAAUUCCAUUAACCAAUGUCAUUUAAUUGGUAGUGUGUUAAGUCAUUUAAUAUAUAUAUAUAUAUACUACAUAAGAUCUGCUCCACCUCUGCCUUUAGUACUUGACUGUGAACUGGAAAGCUGCAAUACAACUCUGUUUUGGACUAGAUGGAGCCAUUAUGGAGUAACUGAAUCUACAAUUCUGUUUUUCUUAUUGAGUUUCUCCUACAUUUUAAAUCUUUUCAUACAAAAACAUUUUAGAUAUUAUGAAAAUAUACCAUAACUAUAAUGUUAAUGUGACUACUAAAUGUCCACAGACAUCUUAUAUUUAUUUUUAUUUGAGCUUAUAAAGUAUUUGAUGAAGGAAUCAUCCAAUCAGCAUAAACUUAGAUAAAAUCCAACAGAAAUGAGGAAUUAAUUAUAAAAAUACUUCUACAAAGUCCAUUAAAUUUAAGUGGAAAUUUGUGAAUCUUAAAAUCAUUUUCCUGUACAUAACAACUCUCUUGCAGAAGGCAAGCACAAAAGGUACCUGAAAUUGCACUUUGAGUGUACCAACCAAUCAGAACAGUGCCUCUACAGUGGUUCUCACUUUUCAUUGAACACACGCCUGCCUAAACUUUGGGUGCACCUUAUGUUCCUCUCUGUACAAGUAAGUCCUGUUGAGUGUUUGACUGAAUUAGUUUAUUUUCACCUUGUUAAAUAAUUUGUUUAGCGCAAUGGACAGUGGAUCUUUUGUUGCACAAAUUAAAAAUGGGGGAGGGGGAGCAUUUUUUAACAUGUUUACUUGUUCUAUGUGUAUGAUUAUGGUUAGAAAUGCAGAAUUUUCCCUCCCUUUGUAUUAAAUUUAUUAUAAGUCUGUUAUCAACAAGUGGCCAAAAUUUAUUUGCAUGGUGCAUGUUUUUAAGUUUCAUAGAAGCCUGGUCCUUUUGUAAGGCCAAGAAAAGUUCAUUAAAAUUUUUAUUUAAAAACGUAUAUUCCCAAUGAACACUUUCGUGUGUAAUUUAAAAUAAAAUUACUGAAAUUAUGAAUUUUUUAAGGUUAUUAAAUAUCCUUCAAACAUUUUGUGAAAAAUUAACCUCAAACCAUGUAGUGGUACGGUAUAGUUUUUUGGUUUUUUUUUUUCUAAAUGUGAUGUAAUUUCUACAUUGAAAUUUUGUUAUAUUCUUUUGUGAUAUAAAUAUUAUAAAUGCUAAAGAUUUAAUUUACUAAAAUUUCAAACAAUCUUCUCUGCCAUUAGGCUCAAUCCAAGUUUGCCCUCAGUCAAAGAGAUGCAGACGUCAGUUGCCUCAAAGCAUGCUGGGAUGCCCUAAAGGGGGAAACAAACAGCAGCUUUUUGGCUCUUGUGACUUCAAGUUUCCCAACACAAAAAGUAAGUUUAUGAAGCUCGUUCAUUCAGGUGUCAUCAAAUGUGUUUACUUUACUGACUGAGUUGUUUGUCUGAAGAACACUUGUUGCAUCUCGUUAUAAAAUGAGUGAGUUAAAUUUCACCAGUUGAUGCAGGUCAAAACAUACAUUUUUUAAUGUAGUCUGUUGAAAAAAUAACCUCCCAACGCAAGCUAAGUGAAUAGACUUAAAUGUCUAGGUGGUAACUUCCCUAGGGCAGAGUUACCCAACUCAUUUUGCUUUAUCCACACGGUAUUCUAAUCAUAAUGUAUGAAUAACACAAUGAAUGAGUGCAUAGUUUUUACUACAGCUAGGUGACCCAUCAGAUAAUUUGCAUCAUGAAACUAUGGAUAUAAUGUAGUGGAUGCUUUGCUUUUGGGAACCUUCCCAAAUUCAAGCACUAUUUUCACUGAAAUACGGAUUCAGAAGUGCCUAAAUAAUAAAAUAUGAUGUUGUCGCAGUUUUAGCCAAUAAUUUUUUCUUAUAAAUGUUUCCAGGAUCAACUGAUGCUGCUGCAAGAACUUCACCAGAUGCGUUACUUUGACAUCUUUGAGUUCAAUGCCCUGCAGGGACACUGGGCAUGUUUUGUCUGCAAUCACCCUGAGAAACUGUCAGAACUCCUCAAUGGUGGCUACCCAGAAAUAGCUGUAAGUUUUGGUGUUGCUUUUUAAGUCCUCUGUGUUGUAGAAUUUAAGUGUUUUGUUAGGUUAUUUUUGUUUCUAGGAGUUGGGGGGUAAAGAUUUAGAAGAGUCCAACUGUUAAACAAUGGUAACCAUCUUGUCCUGGACUCUAGUCAAUACAGCACAUCCUUGGUUCAAAGUUUAAUUAUAAAUCCAAAUAUGUGGGAUGCAGGUAAACAGCGAUGAAAUGGUACUAACUCAAUGAAGAAUUUAACAUGGACUACCACUGCCUUUCCAUAUAAUAAUUGGUUAAUUGUAUGGUCAGAUAUAAAUUAUCCUCAUAAUUAUACUCUAAUUUUAUACACUAAUAUUUUGAACAUUUGUAAAAAUCCUACCAGCUAAUUAUCUGAUAUUCAGUCCAAUAAAAUCAUCCAGACAGAAGGAGAGCAUGAAUUUAAAAUGACUAAUUACUUUUAGAAACAUUUCCAUUGUUUCUCUGGUCGCAUGAAGGCCUUUUAAAUGAAAUGUCAGCCAGGGAAUAUUUAACUAAUAUAAAAUAUGUGGGAAUAUUAUAUGUUUCCAUUUCCUCAUUCUAAAUUUGUGUAAUGUAUAAUUAUACUUGAUAACCAAAACAUAUGUAAAUAAAUACAAAUAAUGCAUGUCCUUGAAAUUAAUUUAUUAAAAGUGUUAAAUAAUUUUUGUCAUAUUUUUUUUUCUCAUUUGACACAUAUCUUUAAUUUGUGUGUUAGGACAAUAUAUACAGAAGAUUUUAACUACCAUGAAACAUUGGCUCCUGUCUAUCAACUGAAAUAAAUUGGGAUUUUUCUCUCACACUCUGCCUUUUCUGGCCAGAUGAGUCAAUGCCACCAAGCUUUCUUCUCAUAACUAGGGUUGACUGCAGACAGAUCAGAAUUGACCUCUCUAACUCUUGGUUGUGAGGCAGUACUCUCCACUAUAAAAAGAUAUAAUUGAUAUGACUAGAUUUAUUUAAAAUAAACAUAAAUUUGCCCUAUCCCACAUGUCUGACUGGUGAUAAAAUAAUUAACUAACACACACACACCCACACCAUCCAAAUGUUUGUUUUUUAAAAACUACUUUACUUGAAUCCUGCACUGGUACACAAGCAAAGCUUUUAUGCUUAAUUCACAAAUGUAUUUCCUCCAUCUUUUUAGGGACAGUUGAAGGAGAAGAAAGGGAAGUGGAUGUUUUUUAAAAGGUGGAAAACACGAUACUUCACUCUCUCUGGUGGCUCCAUAACUUACAGCAAGAGGAAUGCUGUGAGUCAAUAAUAAUUUCAUUUUAGCCCUGGAAACUUAAUUGGAUGAUACAUGUUGAUUGUUUAAAUUUUUUUUUUACCAAAUCUGAAGUAUCUAUAGCUAAGAUAUUAAAGUGAAAGAGAAAUAAAAAUGUCAUCAGAUUAUCUCCCAUCUUCAUAGUACUGGUAUUCAGAGCUAGAACUUUACUUCAUUGUCUUCAUCUAUUGAAAAUGAAAAUGUAUCAGCUGGUUAAAAUAGAAGACAAUUUUUUCCCAUCCCUCCUUUUAAAAAAACCCCAACCUUUUCAGUAAUAAUAUAAUAAUCAUUUUAAUUUAGAUUUCCUCAAAUUUAAAAAAAAAAAUGCAUUUUUGAAAAAGAAAUUUAAAAAAAAAAAUAUUUUGUCUUUUUAAAAAUUUACUUUUAUUUUGAAAGUACUGUAAUAACCUUUGUAUUUCUUUUGCAGACCAAAGCAUCUCUACCGGUCACAAAAAUACAAAGUGUGAAAGCUGUGAGAAAAGGUAUUCGGGACAUUCCAAAAGCUUUUGAAAUCUUCACUGGUGAUCAGACCUACAAGUUCAAGGCUAAAGGCCAUCAAAAUGUUGAGCAGUGGGUGCAAUGUAUUCACAUUGCAGUGGCCCGAUCCCAUCACGGGGGUUCAGCGUCAUCCAGUUUAAUGGGGAUCAGGCGCAGCGUUGACAAUGGCACUGCUGGCAGUGCAGCAAGUAAGGUUAGCUUGGCAGACGGUGGGCUCGCUCGACGUGGGAGCAGCCGGGCUAGCCGACAAAGUAUAGAGAAAGCCUGCGCAUAUACAAAUGUGUACGAACCUCAACAGCUGGGUGUGAAUUCUGUGGCAUCUGGUAGACAUGUGACGGAUACGUCUGGUAGAGAUUUGACAAAUACUAAACUGUAAUGUUUGACAUUAUUAAAAUAUGUUUUUUGCAAUUGUAGAAGAAAGUCCCAAAUUUGCACAGCAACUGGUGUUAUUAAUUGAUGUAAAUGUGCCUCUAAUUCACAGUUUGUCAGUUACUUUUCUGCCUGUAGCUAAUAAAUAGAAAAGAUUGUUUUGCUAAAUCAUCUCCUAAAAACUUUCCACAUUUCAUCAAUAAGAUUUUUUUUUAUACUUCUCCCAACCAGAACAUGUCUAAGAAAAGAGAUAACAAUUCAGCACUUAAGUGUAAUAAACUUUAAACACCAGACAAUAUUUUACAAGUUGAAAAAAAAGUGAUUCAUCUAACUUCAUAUUUUAUGGAAAUUGUGAACACGUUAUUAUUUUUAUGCUAUAAUUUGGGGGGGGGGUGUUUUGAACAAUUAAAAAUAUUAAAGCAAGAUUACUGGUGGAACCAUAAGUGAAGUGUACAUAGCUUUGUAUUAGCACACCACUUGAUGGCUAUUUCUUAAACUAACCAAUAAUAGACCCCUUUUAAAAAAUUGACUGUCCCCUUGACUUCCAUCACCAUAAACAUGUUAAUUUUGACUUAUGUAUUUCCAGUGAAUAUGCAUGAAUACAUUGCUUCUUGGCCCUCAAAUUAUUACCUGUUUAGAUCAUUGGAAAGAAAGUAAGCUAUAAUACUUAACACCAUGAAUUUAUAACUAGAAAUUAAAUAAUUUUUUCAACCACAUUUGGCAUUGUGAAACUGGAUUUUAAAGGGUGAUUUGGAUAAUGAUACAAUGUUAAUUUGUUUAUCUAACAAAUUUUCCUGUUCUGUAUGACUGAAAGCACUCAGAAUUUCAGUCAAACAAAACUAUUUUAAUAUAGUUUUAAUACAGGUUUGUUUUUUAACAAGGGCUGCUGUAAUCAACAAAGUGGGGACAUUUUUUUUUUAGAGGAUGAACAUUACAGCAUGAGUUGUCCUUUUUAACAUUUACUUUAAUGUUAUAACAUAUUUAUUAAAUUUUUUUCUAAAUAAAAUCCGAAUUAUUAAUUGCUAUUAGUAUUAGUCGAUAGCAUUUUUAUUUUCUCCCUAUACCGGUAUGGAUAAAGACCUUAUUUAUUUCUGUUACGGUAGUUUUGUUUAAAAAUGUUUAAAUUGACUUUGAAGACUUGUUUUAUUUAAUUUAAUCUUCCUUUCCUCCAAAAAAAAUAAUUUUUUGAAGCUAUUACUAUGUAUGUAAAAAUGUACACACAUACAUUAUUACCCUACUGUAAUUAUGGACUACAUAGGGCUUAUUAUCAAAUUUGUAAAUUAAUUUUUAACCAUAUCAUAUUCUCAAGUGAUUUAAUUUGAUUACAAAAGGUUGUGACUGAUAUACAUUUAUUCUCUGUACUGUAUGUCUUAAAGACUGAACAAGGCUCACAUAUUUAUUUACUGUAAUGUAGAUAUUUCAAGAUUAUUUAUUUGAUAUGAAUAUCAAAAUAUUUACAUUUCUUUUUUUUUUUAAAGAAUAAUUUUGACUCUUUUUGGUUUAUAUUACUGUUACCUCCAUUAAUUUGGACAUAUCUAUUUUUAAUAAACAUUAUUUUCAAAUGACUGUGAUAGAUGAUUUAAUUCAGUUCUCCCAAACCAAAUGAAUCCGGUGGCUUUUGGCAUUGUGCAAAUGCUUAAAAGGCUUUUUUUUUUUUGAUAUACUAUUCAUGCUCAAUGCUUGCAAACAAUCUCAACAACUUUAAAUUAGUUUUCUAAUUAUUAUUUAUAUUUAGGCCUAUAUAAUAUUGAUAUUUUUGUCUGAAUACAUGUAAGGUAUGUCAGUUUAGUUAAUUCUUUCAACACAUGAUGCAUAAAUUUACUUUUUAACAUGGCAUAUGUAUUGUAAAUAAGUUUUUAGGGCAAUGUCAUUUCCGAGUAAUGUUUUAUUUUAUUUUUUCUUCUGCUAAACAAUUAUUUAAAUAAUUAUUAAUGGUACUUUGAAAAUAUGGGAUCUUUACCUGGAGUUUUUUUUAAAACAGUUACACACUUCAUACAUUUUAUGGCUUUUUUUAUUUUGAACGGUGAUUCUGACAUUUGAACAAAUGCAGUGCUGGUAUUCACUGGUAAUGAAGUGUUAACUAUGUAGAAUAAACACAAAAACCAGCCAAAAUUCAUCCUUUACAAAAAAAAAUGGAAUUUCUUAAGUUACCAAUCUUGCCCAUUUUCAUUUAUCCUGCACAAACUGCAAGUACUAGUAGUAUGUAGAUUUCAUGCUCAAUGUAUUUAACAAUCACUGGUACCAUAGUGACAGGUUUUAAAUCUCUAUUAUUCUAGAUUUAUGCGACAGAGUUUUAGAAUUAAUAGCUAUCUUAGUACUAUCUUACUAUUUCAUAAGAAAAGAUUUCACUCCUUGGCUUUUUUGUUUAUAUGAAUAACAGAUGCUCUUUUUCGUGACUUACUUACUGACUUGCACAAUGUACACCUAUCCCAGAGUCUCUGAAUAAAAAUAAUGCAU